AUAAAUUGUGUGAGGUGCACGCGGCCGUUGACCAAUGUCCGCGCAGCAGCGAGUCAUGUGAUCCGGUCAAACAAGGUCACCUGGUCAUAACAAGGUUGCCAGAUCGGUGUAUAUCCAAAAUUAAUCCCACUGUUUGAAAGCGAGCUUCUUUGACUAUAAACGAUUCUAAAACCUUAAAAGAAAAUGGAGUCGAGCGAAAAGUCAACUAAUGAUGCAUUUUAAAUAAUUACUAUUAAAAGAAGAGGAUUUAAAAGAAUGCAAGUUGAAGACGAUCCCGAUCAAUUUGGCAACUCAGUAAGCGAGGCAAAUUCAAAGUGCUUGUAACCUCACGGUGCUCCGUGCACGGUGCUCCUCUCCGCUAUGCCGUCCCCGAUCCCGGUCACACGCCUUCUCCCGAGAGACUUCGGUCUCGAGCUGGGCGUCUGCAGCAGCCCGCUCACAAAACAAUCAGGAGACACGACUCUCCGUGUGCCGGUCAUCGCGUUUCACGGGAAGCUCGCGUGCAGACUCUGGUCUUCAGUGAUCCAUUGGCGCGAGCUCCGCGACCUGGAGCCCAUCGGCUCCGGCGGGUUUGGUUUGGUGUCCAAAGCUACGUACUUGGGCGAGACGGUGGCGAUGAAGCGCGUCAGGUGCGCCAAGAACAAGCUGGCGUCGCGGCAGAGCUUCUGGGCAGAGCUGAACGCGGCGCACCUGCGCCACGAGAACCUGGUGCGGGUGAUCGCAGCCAGCACGCAGUCCAACGCCGACGACGGCGUGAUCGGCACCAUCAUCAUGGAGUACGCGGGCGACCUGAACCUGCAGCAGCUGAUCUACAGCGCCGCCGAGCCGCUGCGCCGCGAGUCCUGCGUGCGCCACGCGACUGACGUAGCGCGCGCCCUCCGCCACCUGCACGCCCACGGCGUCGUGCAUCUGGACCUCAAACCCGCCAACGUGCUCGUGUCUCACGCGGGUGUGUGCAAGCUGGCGGAUUUCGGGUGCUCCUUAAAGCUGGAGAUCGCGCGCGACCGCGACGCGACGCCACGCCGGAUGGAGAUCGGCGGCACGUACACGCACCGAGCGCCCGAACUCCUCCGUGGAGAGGAGGUGACCCGCGCGGACGUCUACUCGUUCGGCGUCACACUGUGGCAGCUGUUCACACGUGAGCCGCCCUAUGAAGGAGAGCGACAGCACGUUCUGUACGCCGUGGUCGCUUUCAACCUGCGCCCAGAUCUCAACAAGCCGGUGUUCAACCCGUCCGGCCCAAUUAAGGACCUCAUCAGUCGGUGCUGGAGCGCGGAACCGAACCAAAGACCGAGUGCAGAGCAGCUGCUUACAGAGCUCUCAGAGCUCCACCAUGAUCCUUAUCAACCUUCAAAACCUACUUCAUUAUCUAAAAACAAACAGUAGGUCUGAAAUAAACAGAACUGUUCCGUUCACACUCUGUUUAAUCAGGUUUUAUUUAAUCCGGUUUAUUUUCUACCUUGCUUUGCGAUGUUGUACGUAGUUUAAUACUGUGGACCAUUAUCAUUUUAAUGAUCUUAAAAUAUUAUUUGCAAUGUCUUUUUUUUUUUUUUCUGUAAAUAAGUAAGAUGUAUAAAUAAUGUGUGUAAAUGUUUUACAUUUGGAUUUGAUUAAAACUAUUUUUCUGUA